GCGACACAUACGCAGAGAGAGCUUACUGCACAAAGCAGGCAGCCAGAACAAAACGACAAUGACCAGCCUGCAUAAUACAACUAUGGUCAAGUCCCUACUGCUGUUGAUGUUGGGGCUCACCCUCCUGGGGGAGGGGGCAGCUUGGAAAACCCCCAAAGCAAAGGAUACUGCUCUUUGCCCUCCUCUGGAGGACAAUAGUGUGAGGGUUGACAUUCGCAUCCUCAGUCAAAACCAGGGUAUUCUAAUCUCACAUGACUUCCAGAACCGCUCCAGCUCCCCAUGGGAUUACAACGUCACCCAGGACCCUCACCGGUUCCCCUCCGAGAUUGCAGAGGCCCGGUGUAGGCACUCAGGCUGCAUCAACGCCGAGGGGAUAGAAGACAGAUCCAUGAACUCCGUUCCCAUCCAGCAAGAGUUUCUGGUCCUCCGGAGGGAGCCCCAGGGCUGCUCUCAUUCCUUCCGACUGGAGAAGAUGAGGGUGACUGUUGGCUGCACCUGUGUCACCCCCAUUGUCCGCUAUGUGCGUGGCCUGAGAGCUGCACAGCAACUCAGCUGAAGAAGCUGCAGAAAUGCCACGCUUCAUCUAGUGCUCUGCAGCAAGUCCUGCGCGUUCCCCAAUUCUCUCCAUGUCAUGAAACUCUUAACGAGGUCUACGUGGAAUUCUCAAAGCUCUGUAGUAGAUAUGGUAUUAAAUUUCUGGGGGCACUUCCAAAUCCUAACACAGUCCUGAGAUGUUCCGAUUUCCUAACCCCUUAAAAAUGUAUGGAGGAGAAUGAAGCAUUCCUUGGUUGACUCUUUGUAUGCUGCCAUGACCACCAUGCAAUCAUAUGUGAUGACCAGCCACGCAGUCACUGUGAUACAGUGCCAUUUCCUGGCAGCUUUUUGAUAAAAUGGGAUUCUGUUCCACAUGGAUGAAAAAGUAUAUACAUGUUGUAAGAGUGUGUGGAAGGGACUGUGAAGGAUGGGGUGGGGUGGGAAUGAUGGGGAUAAGGAUUUAAUGCACAUGUUUAUUAAGCACUUGAUACAUAUA